GGCUGCGGGGUCGGCGGCGGGGCGGGCGCAGCCGAGCCCCCGAGCGCACAUGGGCGCCCCAGAUGUGGCCGCGGCGCCGCAGCUGGAGCGGGAGAGGCCGCCAGAGGAGCGCGGGGAGGAGGAGGAGGAGGAGAGGAGGAGGAAGAGGAGGAGGAGGAGGAGGAGGGCUUCAGCUGCGGCCGGGAGUUACCUCCACGCUUGGCUUCCCCGCCCUCGCCGCUCCGAGCCACUCACCCGGCAAGCCACCUCCACUACUCUCCGCGCUCCUCGGGGCCGCCUGCCGCGCCGCCCCGCACACAGAGUCCCGGGGAGGGCCGGUUCCAGAUGGGGGCCCCGGGCACACCGAGGUUGGCACGGUUUGGGGGUAGCCGGGGCGCCCUCGGCGUCUGCGUCCGCCUGCCGGGCUGUACCAAGUGCCCACUGCCGAGGUCGCUGUGGGGGGCGCGGGUAGAGCCCCUGUGCUCACUGAGGUUCGGGGCUGUGGGUGGGUGGGAUGGUGCCUGGGCUGCUUUAGAAACCUUUAUUGCAAAAUGGAGCUGGAGUUGCAGUGAUGGAAAACGUAGGGGGCGCCGGAUAAGCCAGGUGUCUGCGUGCGAUCCCUGCCCGAAGCAGUCGGGGGAGGAGAGGAGUGCCAAAGUAUCCUUCCGAAGGGUCUUGACACUUGCUGGGCCGCCCGCUAGCCGGGCGCGGCUGUUCGCGGGUCCGCGGCGCCCCGUAGAGCCUGGGAAGGGAGGGGAGUCCAACUCGCUGGGCGUCCGUCUGGUGACCGGCGCAGGUGUUGGCCGGAAGCUGCAGGGACUCAGGGCCCGCGGCUCAGGCGCUCAGGAACUGGGAUUGUAUCUCGGCUCUAGCGGGCUUGCGUCUAGGGGGCUUAUCCCGGGGGUGCCGCGACCAGAGGGGAUUUGGGGGCUGGCGUCGCGCAGCCGUCGAUCCCGGGCCACCACCUCAUGGCCGCGCUGCAGCCUCGGGCUCCCGCGUGCGGCUCAUGCUUUGCAGGGGGCGGUUGGCGAAUGGAAGGGCUCCGGGAUGGGGCUGAGGGCGCAGAGUCCUAGCGUCGGAUGCUAGAGCGAACUGGGUCCGUCCGUGGCACCGCGCGCUUCCCUCCUAGAUCUUGCUCGGCCUCCCGCCUUACCCAAGUGGCUCAGAGUAGCGGACUCUCCGUCCGGCCGGGCCUUUUAUACUGCGCUUCCCCGCCUCCUACCCGUUCCCUCCCUUCCUCCUCCCCAGCGCCAGCCCAGCCCUUCCCUCCCUGCGAGCCAGGACCUAGUCCAUGCCUUCGCACACAUCCGCUUCGCACAUUUCCAAGCCCUUCCCGCGUCCCGGACGCCAGUGCCUCCGGGAUGGAGCCUCCGAAUUCUCCUUUGGUGAAUGAAAUUAAAUAAAUAAGCAACACUUUCUUGACGGCACGCCUCCCUUCCCCCCUCCCCAAUUUCCUACCUUCCUCCUCCGCGCCCUAGAAAGAUUUAAGAUUCUUAAUUCAACGGCUUUCGAGUUCUCCCAAGGCAUCUCAACCAAGUAUUAUCCAUAUUAAGGCAAACCCUUGCUCGGUUCCGAAGGUUCCUCCGGUCACCGCGGCACUUUGCAGAAUUUAAAUAGCGAUGGCUAAGGUAGGGUUUGUUGCUUGGACUUAUUUGUGCCCGGGAGAGGAAGGGCUUGCUGCCUCUUUAAAGAUGCCUGAAGCGUCUUUAAAAUUCUAACUAACUCCAGCAUCUUAUUAAUAAAUUGGCAGCUGUUCAUAGAGUCUGCUAUAUCUUUUCCUUUUCAGUUUUUUGGUUUUUUUGGGUGGGGGGAGGUGCGAGGGAAGAGGGGAGAUGUUUGGAGGGGUACUUGCUUUGGAUUUGUAGGCAGCCGGGCCUGUCAGACAUCUUAUUUCUAUCUCUAGGCUCUAAAAUGCCAAUAAUUGUCACUGGAGUGCGGGUCGGGGGGAGUGGGGGUGGGGGGAACGUGAAACAAUAACCGUCCAGGGUAGUUCAGAUGGGAGAUCAAAGAGGGGAUCCCAGCAGCCUUUAAAUCCUGGAAGGAUCCUCCUGUGUGUUUUCUAAUUAGGAUCACUUAAAAGGGAAAGGGCUGGAGAAUCAGCGCCGAAAUAGAAUAUCUAAAUUAAGAUGGCAAACUAGAAUCCCAUAGCCAAAGAGUUUUAAGGAUGGUUCUAACCUCCAGUUGUGCCAGAUUAUGAUAUGGGCUCGCAGGAACAAAUGACUUUCCUAUUGCCAGAGGCAGGCUGGUCUGAAUUAGGAUCCGGGGCCGCUGUGUCCUGCCCUUUCAUCACACACAGUCUCCACAUGUAAGCCUCAGCUGCCUCUCCUCUCAUCUGAAAGUAACAGUUUUGGACCCAAGGAAAAAAAUGACCUUUAAAAAACUCUGGAAAGAAACCUUUGCAAUGAAUGUAAAUUCUUGUGAAAUUGUAAAUGGAGAUUUGGAGAUCAAAGUCUUUGUAAAAUGUUGUAAAAAUUGUAAAUUGAAUUUUGGGGACAGAUGUCUUUAUAAAAUGUUGAACAAAUGUAUGAAUGAAUCCUAUUAAAAUCCCUUCACGCUGAGAGAUCCCCAUUCCAGGUGAGUUUAUGUUCCAGUAAGCACACAUAAUGAGUAUUGAUAAACACCCGGGCUCUAUGAUUCCACUUGCCAAACCAGGCUUGCCAGCAGGGCUCUGUUUUUGAGUUAGGGAACACGGGCUUACAAUUUUUGUGGAAAAAUAAUUAAAAAUUUAAUAGACUAAACCAAUUAAGUUUCAAGCACAUUUAUGAAAUUGUAUCAAUAGCUGAUAAAAUUUUUUAAAAUCCUACCUCCUUCAGCAGAGUGUCCAGAGCACCCUAUCCAUAUGUUUAUUAUUGAUUUUAUGACACUUGGGGCACUUGUGUCUGCAUGUCUGUCUGCCCACUAGACCUUGAUUGGGAUCACCUUUGUGGUAGAACAUUUCAGAGCAUCCUCCAACUCCCCACCUCCAUCACCUCCAUCCCAGUAUCGAGUUUCUUUCUGGGUUCAUGGCUAUGAGACAUUUUCUAGGUGUACUUGGGUCUAGGUUUGGACUGUGAAGAGCUUUUUUCCUUCCCGGUCUGACCAUAAAACAUCCUGAGUGAUUAUCUGCACACACUCUCUCUUUCCUUUUU